CGCUAGGGUUCCUCUCCUCCCUCCUCUUUAAAUCUGGAGGUGGAGAGAUCCAGGCUGAAGAACAAGCCUCAAACCCACAACCCACGCCGAAUCGAGGCAAAGCUGACGUACAAAUCCACCCGUGAUGGCCCAAGUUAAUUCCACCACAGAUCACGUCGACCUGGAGAGGAACUCCAAGGAGCUGAGCAUGGCUGCAGGCGACGCACAAGGUAACUCAACCAACGAUCUUGACGCCUUUAAGCUGGAGCUGAUCGAGGCGGAAGAGGAAGUGGCGGCGGCGGCGGCAGGGGCCUACGACGAGAUCGUCGCUCGCUACAGGAAGAAACGCGCUGACCGUAAGGCUCGGAUCAUCAAGGAGCUGGGCGAGGAGGCCUACCUCGAGGCUGGCGACGACAUACUGGCCGACGACCCCGACUACGUGGAUGAGAUCAACGAGUGGACCGGGAUUCAAGAGGAGAGGCAUAAGGCGAACCUCAGGAGGAACGCCAUACUUCCUGGCUACAAGAAACUUUCUUACUCCGACGUAUACUCAGAAUUAUACUCAUGCUUGUACCCGGACUCGGAAUCAGACUCGAACUCUGACUCGGAGAAUGAGGAUGAGGAUGAGGAGGGAGAGGAAGACUCUCGCUCCGACUCUGGCGAAGAAGGACAAGAACAAGAAGGAGAAGAAGAAGAGGAAGAAGAGGGGGAGGAGGAGCUGGAAGCGAGAGACUGCGCAUGAGAGUCGCUGCCACCAGAAAGAAAGAGAAGGAAAAGUUGAUGGCUUCACUGUCGGGCUACACCAUCUUGAUUCAUGAGAAACAUGCUACUGUUGCCCAGAACCACUUCUCUUGCCAGAUUCAGUUUGCUUUUUGUUCGUUAGUCUGUGUGGUCCGAAUUUCUACAACUAGUAAUAACUCUGUUAAUUUGCA